ACUGCUGCGUCCCCUGCUGCUGUGGUAGCUAUGGCUCGCGUCGUGGCGCUCGUCCUGCUCGGGCUACUCUCCCUGACUGGCCUGGAGGCCGUCCCGCGUGUUCCGAAGGUUCAGGUUUACUCACGUCACCCAGCAGAGAAUGGAAAGCCAAAUUUCCUGAACUGCUAUGUCUCUGGGUUCCAUCCGCCUGAGAUUGAAAUUGAUUUGCUAAAGAAUGGAGAGAAGAUGAAAGUCGACCGGUCAGACCUGUCUUUCAGCAAGGACUGGUCUUUCUAUCUUCUGGUCCAUACUGACUUUACUCCCAAUGGUGUGGAUGAGUAUAGUUGCCGUGUACAGCACUCUACUCUCAAAGACCCCCUGAUAGUUAAGUGGGAUCGAGACCUCUAACCAGCAUCAUGAAGGCUUGAAGAUUCCUCAUUUGGAUUUGACUAGUUCCAAAUUGUGCUUACUCUUUAAUACUUACAUACUUUCAUGCUUUAUGCACAUAAAUCAGGAAGCUGUACUGAUCUUAAUACAAAUAUUAGCUUCUUUAUAACUCUACUUUGGCCGCUAUGUCUCCUUGUUUGACCUGUGUGGGCAGGUAGCUAGAGGGAGAUCCUGGCAGCUUAGAAGUGGGUGGGAAAGAAUUCACAUGUUAAACAUGAACAUUUUGGUCAGAUAUGAACUCUUCAGUUUCUUGUGCACAGAAAACUGGAUAACACGAUAGUUAUGUAGGUUUAGAGUUAAUCUUCAGUUUGAAUACUUUGCUUAGAAUUUGAGAAAAAUUUUUUGAAGGAUAAUUUUCAGAAGUAUUGGAAAUUUGUUAUCAUGGAUGAUUUUUUUUGGCGAAAUUCAUAUUUACCUCUUACACCUGUUUAAAAAAAAAGACAUGGUGGAGCACAUUUUGAUUUUUCUGUUUCACUAAUUAAAACAAUGGUAAAACUUGA